AUGGACGAUCCGCGUAUUCCCUGCCUCAAUAUAGCUCUGGUUUGCGAGCAGAGGUCGUCUUAUCUCAAGGUCGGUUAUUCAGAAGAGCAAUGCGCGGCCCUCACUCACAUUGGUGAAAUCGAUGCUGUCAUGACCACACUUGAGCACCUGGGCCACCAUGUAACGCUGGUACCUGGAAUUCAGUCUCUGGUCCAACUACUAGCCGCAGGAAAGGAUAAGGGCUGGGAUUUGGUAUUCAAUAUGGCGCAAGGGUUUCAUGGGUCUGCGAGAGAGUCGCAGGUCCCGGCGCUCUUGGAAGCAUAUCAAGUUCCUUACACAUUCAGCGAUGCUGCGACAAUGGCGAUAUGCCAGAACAAAUCAAUCACCAAGCAGACUAUCCUAGAUCAUCAUAUGAUCCCUAAUGCGCCUUUUCGCGUGAUCCCCAUGCUGAACGACGACGUGGCGGACUUUUUGGAACGUUCUGCAGCACUGCCGCCUUAUCCACUAUUUAUCAAGCCGGUCAUUGAAGGAUCCUCUAAAGGAAUCGAUGGCUUUAACAAAGUCAAAGAACCGGCCGAAUUGGAACCGGCAGCACGGGAAUUAUCUCAGAAAUUUCCGGGCCAAGAUAUCCUUGUGGAACGCUUUUUGUCGGGCCGGGAAUUUACAGUGAGCAUACUGGGAACGGGGUCGCAUAGCCGGGUGGUAGGUAUCAGAGAGCAUAUCUGGCAAGCGUCCCCGGAUCACAGCAACACGAACGGUUACCAGUCCAAUGGGUCGCUGGACUUUGCUAGCAGAGAGAGCAAAUCAAGCAACGGAAGUAAGACGUUAUUGUAUAAUGAUUCCCACGACAUGGACGAAUCGCAUAUCAAAGCUACCUGUGAGGUUGCCCUACGAACUUGGAAAGUCCUCAACUGCCGUGACGCUGGACGUGUCGACAUUCGCUUUGAUUCCGACGAGCCAGGCUCCGUCCCAAACGUGUUAGAAGUGAAUCCUAUUUCUGGCCUUCUUCCAGGUCAUUCCCCAUUACCAGCGACGGCGAAGAUGAAUGGCAUGUCGUUCAAGGAACUUUUAUCUGAGAUUAUUGGAAGUGUCCUUCAAAGAACGCAAUAUAAAAACUAA